CUAUAGCAGCAAUAGCAAUAAAAAUUGUGCUAUGCUCUCGCUACCGCUCUCAUUUUUGACGAGAGCCGUAGCAGAGUUGUAGCCUAACAAUAAAAAGUUUGUGCUCUGCUAUGCUCUCAGUUCUGUCUCAUCAAAAACUACAGCAGUAGCGAGUAGCACAAAAACAACUGAUGUGCUACGCUCUGCCGUAGCGGUAGCUGAAAACAGAUAGCGAAAGCGAUAGCUGAAAACAGCGAACGAGAUGAAAUCAUAGCGAGAUGAAAACGGAGCGAGAUGAAAACAGAGCGAGAUGAAAACAGAGCGAGAUGAGAGUAAAACAAAUGUGCGAGAGCGAUAUGAGCAGGGCUGUCAUUUUAGAUUUUUUGCCGUCAGAUCUGGCAAAUGGGAGCGAUUUGAGCAGCCGCAUUUUGUUUUGUGUUUAUUUUUACUUCAAUUUUUGAUUGAUGUCAAAUUAACGUAGGGAUAAAUUGUGUAGUUACAGAAAUCAAAUAAUAAAAAACAUUUUUUCAGUUACUAAAUUAGAAAUUAUACUCAAAAUCUUUAUUUAUAUUCAUUUUCAAAUAAAGACAUUAAAAAAAAAAUAAAAAAUGAAAAAAAAAACGUGGGCUUCGACGCUUGCCUUUAUUUGGACCCCAGAUUCCAUAAUAUUAUAGAUAAUUCCCAAAAAGAAAGAGCAAUCGAUUUUUUAAAGACAUUGUGGGAAAAAAUUAAAAUUUUCGGUUCCAAUCCCAGUAUGACAUACUCAAAUAAUUCAUUGGAUACAGACGCUGGACACACCAAAGACAAUAAUUUCGAGCUGUUAGACGAUUUUUUAAGUGCCAGUAUGGUUGUUCCAAAUGAGUCAACUAAUGUCCAUGCAAAGAUUGAAACACUAAAGUUACCAGUGAUGAAGGCGAAUACAGAUGUUUUAUGUUUCUGGAAAUACAAAAAGUCAACCGAUCCCGAACUUUACGCCCUAAGCAAAGUAUGUUUUGCUAUACCGCCAACUCAAGUUACAAUAGAGAGAGCGUUUUCCUCGUUGAAACUGGUGCUGUCCGAUAAUCGAAAUCGAUUAAGUCAUGAGACUUUGGAGAACAUACUUUUAGUUAGGCUUAAUUCGAAUCAUUUAGAUAGUGCUAUAGAGAAUUUAAGUUUAUUUGAAAAUGAAGAUUAGUAUAUGUUUAUUUACUUUAGUUUCUAAUUUCGUUACUGAAAUAGGUUUUUUUUUUAAUUUUUUAU